UGGGGGGGCGGGAGGGGGCCAGGCGGCGCGCAGGAGAGAGGACGACAGGAGUGAGAGAGAGAGAGAAAGAGAGAGAGAGAGAGAGAGAAGGCGCAGCGGCAGCCGCGGCCGGCGCCUGCGAAUUUGGGAUCCGACUGGGAGGGACCGCUUCCUCGGGGGAAAUGGAUUCUGUACCACGGCUGACCAGCGUUCUCACUUUGCUGCUCUCCGGCUUGUGGCAUGUAGGAUUCACGGCGACAAAUUACAAUUGUGAUGACCCAUUAGCAUCCCUGCUCUCUCCAAUGGCUUUUUCCAGUUCUUCAGACCUCACUGGUACUCACAGCCCAGCUCAACUCAACCGAAGAGUUGGAACUGGUGGUUGGUCCCCAGCAGAUUCCAAUGCUCAACAGUGGCUCCAGAUGGACCUGGGAAACAGAGUGGAGAUUACAGCAGUGGCCACGCAGGGCAGAUAUGGAAGCUCUGACUGGGUGACAAGUUACAGUCUGAUGUUCAGUGACACAGGACGCAACUGGAAACAGUACAAGCAAGAAGACAGCAUCUGGACCUUUGCAGGAAACAUGAAUGCUGACAGCGUGAUGCACCAUAAGUUACUGCACUCAGUGAGAGCCCGCUUCAUUCGCUUCGUGCCCCUGGAAUGGAAUCCAAGUGGAAAGAUUGGCAUGAGGGUGGAGGUCUACGGAUGCUCCUAUAAGUCAGAUGUCGCUGACUUUGAUGGCCGAAGCUCCCUUCUGUACAGGUUCAAUCAGAAGCUGAUGAGCACUCUCAAAGAUGUGAUCUCUCUGAAAUUCAAGAGCAUGCAAGGAGAUGGGGUCCUGUUCCAUGGAGAAGGUCAACGUGGAGACCACAUCACUCUGGAGCUCCAGAAGGGGAGGCUCGCCUUACACCUCAACUUGGAUGACAGCAAACCUCGGCUCAGUAGCAGCCCACCCUCGGCCACCCUGGGCAGUCUGCUGGAUGACCAGCACUGGCACUCGGUCCUUAUCGAGCGGGUUGGCAAGCAGGUGAACUUCACAGUGGACAAGCACACGCAGCAUUUCCGCACCAAGGGUGAGGCCGAUGCCCUAGACAUCGACUAUGAGCUUAGUUUUGGAGGAAUUCCAGUACCAGGAAAACCUGGAACCUUUUUAAAGAAAAACUUCCACGGAUGUAUUGAAAACCUUUACUACAAUGGAGUAAACAUAAUUGACCUGGCUAAAAGACGAAAGCAUCAGAUCUACACGGUGGGCAAUGUCACUUUUUCCUGCUCCGAACCACAAAUUGUUCCCAUCACAUUUGUCAACUCCAGCAGCAGUUAUUUGCUGCUGCCCGGCACCCCCCAAAUUGAUGGGCUCUCAGUGAGUUUCCAGUUUCGAACAUGGAACAAGGAUGGUCUGCUUCUGUCCACAGAGCUGUCUGAGGGCUCGGGGACCCUGCUGCUGAGCCUGGAGGGUGGAACCGUGAGACUCGUGAUUCAGAAAAUGACAGAACGCACAGCUGAGAUCCUCACAGGCAGCAGCUUGAAUGAUGGCUUGUGGCAUUCAGUCAGCAUCACCGCCAGAAGGGACCGCAUCACUCUUACUCUGGAUAAUGAUGCAGCAUCCCCGGCGCAGGACACCACUCGUGUACAGAUUUAUUCUGGAAAUAGCUACUACUUUGGAGGGUGCCCUGACAAUCUCACCGAUUCCCAAUGUUUAAAUCCCAUUAAGGCUUUCCAAGGCUGCAUGAGGCUCAUCUUUAUUGAUAACCAGUCCAAGGACCUCAUUUCAGUUCAGCAAGGUUCCCUGGGGAAUUUUAGUGAUUUACACAUUGAUCUGUGUAGCAUCAAAGACAGGUGUUUGCCAAACUACUGUGAACAUGGAGGAGGCUGCUCCCAGUCCUGGACUAGCUUCUCCUGUAACUGCAGUAACACGGGUUACAGUGGCGCCACCUGCCAUAACUCCCUCUACGAGCAAUCCUGCGAGGUAUACAGGCACCAAGGGAACACGGCUGGUUUCUUCUACAUUGAUUCCGAUGGCAGCGGGCCGCUGGGACCCCUCCAAGUGUACUGCAACAUCACAGAGGACAAGAUUUGGACAUCAGUGCAGCACAACAACACAGAGCUGACCCGGGUGCGGGGCGCCGACCCAGAGAAGCCCUACACCAUGGCCUUGGAUUAUGGCGGCAGCAUGGAACAGCUGGAAGCCAUGAUUGACGGCUCGGAGCACUGUGAGCAGGAGGUAGCCUACCACUGCAAAAGGUCCCGCCUGCUCAACACGCCAGAUGGAACACCAUUUACCUGGUGGAUUGGGCGGUCUAAUGAAAGGCACCCUUACUGGGGAGGUGCCCCUCCUGGGGUCCAGCAGUGUGAAUGUGGCCUGGAAGAGAGUUGCCUGGACAUUCGACACUUCUGCAAUUGCGAUGCUGACAAGGAUGAAUGGACAAAUGAUACUGGCUUUCUUUCCUUCAAAGACCACUUGCCUGUCACUCAGAUAGUUAUCACUGAUACCAACAGAUCAAACUCAGAAGCUGCUUGGAGAAUUGGUCCCUUGCGUUGCUAUGGUGACCGGCACUUCUGGAAUGCGGUAUCAUUUUACACAGAAGCCUCUUACCUCCACUUUCCCACCUUCCAUGCGGAGUUCAGUGCUGAUAUUUCCUUCUUUUUCAAAACCACGGCUUUAUCGGGAGUUUUCCUAGAAAACCUUGGCAUUAAAGACUUCAUCCGACUUGAAAUAAGCUCUCCGUCUGAGAUCACUUUUGCCAUUGACGUUGGGAAUGGCCCUGUAGAGCUCAUAGUUCACUCUCCUUCUCUUCUGAAUGACAACCAAUGGCAUUACGUCCGGGCUGAAAGGAACCUCAAAGAGACUUCACUCCAGGUGGACAGCCUCCCAAGGAUGACCAGGGAGACAUCGGAGGAGGGCCACUUCCGAUUGCAGCUGAACAGCCAGCUCUUUGUAGGGGGAACAUCAUCAAGACAGAAAGGCUUCCUAGGAUGCAUACGCUCAUUACACUUGAAUGGGCAGAAGUUGGACCUGGAGGAGAGGGCCAAGGUCACGUCUGGAGUCCGGCCGGGAUGCCCGGGCCAUUGUAGCACUUAUGGUAGCAUCUGCCACAACGGGGGCAAGUGCGUGGAGAAGUACAGUGGGUACUCGUGCGAUUGCACCAAUUCACCAUAUGAAGGGCCCUUUUGCAAAAAAGAGGUUUCUGCUGUUUUUGAGGCUGGCACUUCAGUUACUUAUAUGUUUCAAGAACCCUACCCGGUGACCAAAAAUAUAAGCCUCUCAUCCUCGGCGAUUUACACAGAUGCGGCUCCAUCCAAGGAAAAUAUUGCAUUUAGCUUUGUGACAGCUCAGGCGCCCAGCCUCUUGCUCUACAUCAAUUCAUCUUCUCAGGAUUCCCUGGCCGUCCUGCUGUGCAGGAAUGGAAGCUUACAGGUUCGCUAUCAGCUAAGCAAGGAAGAGACCCAUGUUUUCAAUAUGGAUGCAGAGAAUUUUGCCAACCGAAGGUUGCACCACUUGAAGAUUAACCGGGAGGGAAGAGAGCUUACCAUUCAGGUAGAUCAGCACCUGCGACUCAGUUACAACUUUUCCCAGAAGUUCGAACUCAGUGCCAUACGGUCACUCACCUUGGCAAAAGUCUCAGAGCAUCUUGGAUCGGAUUCUGAAGUCGCCAAAGCAAACAUCAUGGGUUUUGUUGGAUGCCUGUCUUCAGUCCAAUACAACCAGGUAGCACCCCUGAAGGCAGCCCUGCGUCACGCCACCAUCGCACCUGUGACUGUCCAAGGGACCCUGACAGAAUCCAGCUGUGGCUCUGUGGUGGAUGCGGAUGUGAAUGCAGUGACCACAGUGGACUCUUCAUCAGAUCCCUUUGGGAAGACAGAUGAGCGGGAACCGCUCACCAAUGCAGUUCGAAGUGACUCGGCCGUCAUUGGAGGAGUGAUAGCAGUGGUGAUAUUCAUCAUCUUCUCUAUCAUCGGCAUCAUGACCCGCUUCCUUUACCAGCAUAAGCAGUCACACCGCACUAACCAGAUGAAGGAGAAGGAAUACCCAGAAAAUUUGGACAGCUCCUUUAGAAAUGACAUUGACUUGCAAAACACAGUGAGCGAGUGUAAGCGGGAAUAUUUCAUCUGAGAAACUGCAGGGUCACCUAAUAUUCUUUGGGUUGUUGUUAAAUUUUUUCUCCUUUCUCCUAUCUUUUCAUUUUGGUCAUCCUCCUUUUCUCAUUUGUCUGCCAAUUAUGUUUGGCACACCCCUGUAUCAACCACAGCAUCUAUCCUCUUGACCCAGCCCAGAAGACCAGGCAGCUAUGGCCACUGCCUUCCUUUCUGACAAAGUUAUGGUGGUGAUAGUGACCACUCAACAGACUGACUUUAAACAAAGAAGAGACACAUGGGUGUACAUGUGCAUAUUUAGUUCUAUAUUUCCAGUUUCUAAGUAAGAUGCACUCUUUAGUUUCACAGCCGUCCAGUCUUGCAUUAAGCCUCAGGCUUAUGUUGAACCUGAGCUCUGUGACUUAGGCAUAUGACAGUCACCCUUGACAUCCUCCCCCAUCUCAAGUUCAUUCCUACCAAGGAACUCAGGGUAGAGAAAGAAGACGCUAAAAACCUGGUUUGCUUCAGUGGCACUUUCAAAGGAUUAAGAGAGGUUUGUUUUGUGUUGCUUUUCCUUACCACAGGACGCCCAUUGCCCUAACCCAUCACCCUUUUUCACUUUGACUCUUCUCCCCUGAGUAUUUCAAAUAUAAAAUUCCUUAUAGUAGUGAGCCAUUCCUUUGCUCCUUUCAUGCCACUCUCUCCUGGGGCCGACACUUUAGAACAGCACACAAUAGCAUAAACCUAGGGGAAGCAUGGAAAAUAGUAUCUUGAAACUAGGAGGUAAAAAGGAAAGCUGCUAGGAAGUAGAUGUUCUAUAACUUCAAAAAUGCCUCUUCCAAUUUUGUAAGAAAUGUUAGCUAGGUUAUU